AUGUCCUUAGCAAGAUCAGCCUCGAACAAGUUAGACUGGGCAAAAGUUAUCUCGUCGUUAAAAUUAACAGGUCAAACCGCCACACAAUUAUCUAAUUUCAAGAAGAGAAAUGACGAAGCUAGAAGGAAAUUGUUGGAGUUGCAGCAGCAACCAGUAAAUGUAGAUUUUGAACAUUAUCGCUCCAUUUUGAAGAAUCAAGAAAUUGUAUGGAAAAUUGAAACUUAUUUCAAAUCGUACAAGCCUGUCACUAUCAACAUCUCAAAGCAAUUGGAAACCAUUGAAAAGUUUGAAAAUUACGCUAUGGAUAAUGCAAGAGAGACUGAGAAGUUGGUUUCCUCUGAAUUGAAGUCUUUGGAUGAAACUCUACAAAAUAUAGAAAACGCAAGACCAUUUGAUCAAUUGACAGUGGAUGAUUUAGUCAAGGCCAAACCGGAAAUCGAUGAGAAGGUGGAAGAAAUGGUUAAGAAGGGUAAAUGGGAUGUUCCUGGCUACAAAGAGAAGUUUGGUGACAUGUCCAUUAUGUGA